CUUCAAAGCCAAUGCACUCACAGAAUGUCUUUCCCACACCAGGAAUUCCCAGUGCCAGACUUUGGCUGGGUAGAGGAUGAGAAGGCUGUGAGGAAGAGGAGGAUUCCUGCGGAUCCCCAGGCAGGUGAGGAGGAAGUCAGUGCCCCUUUGCCCCUCUCUCCUGCUCCAUCUCCCAGCCCAGCCUGGCCCCGGCUGCAGGACAACCCCGCUGCCGACGCCGUCCUGCCGGGGAUGCACUGGGGGGAUCUCCUUGCCCUUCCCUCUGGCACGGAGUCAAAUCCCAUCCUGUCCUUGUCCUUCCUCCCCUGGACAAGGAGCCCAGGGAGGACAAAUCCCCUCAGCAGAACCUCGUGGAAGAGGCUGUUUUGAGCGGCUCCAUGGCACAGGAAUGCAAUGGGGAGGAAAAGCCGCGGAGAUCCCACCCGAGGAGGGGCUCCAAACCCAUGCCAGGGUGCUCCGAGGAGGAAGGACCCACCCUGUGUCAGGAAGGAAGCCAGAGAUGUGGCCAGAGCUCUGAGCUGGUGGUGCAUGAACAGCUUCACAAUGGCAAGAAGCUGCACCAGUGCUUGGAAUGUGGGAAGAGUUUCUACACGAAGUCCAGCCUGGUCCGGCACCAGAAGAUCCACACUGGGGAACGGCGCUACGAGUGUGGGAAAUGUGGGAAGCGCUUCAGAAACACCUCUGGCCUGAUGAUCCACCUGAGAGUCCACACUGGGGAACGGCCCUAUGAGUGUGGGGAGUGUGGGAAGAGCUUCACUCACAGCUCCCACCUGAUUGUCCACAAGAGGAUCCACACUGGGGAACGGCCCUAUGAGUGUGGGGAAUGUGGGAAGAGCUUCAGUGACAGUUGCCAGCUGAUCCGCCAUCAGAGGAUCCACACUGGGGAGCGGCCCUAUGAGUGUGGGGAGUGUGGGAAAAGUUUCACUGUCCAGUCAAGCCUGCUCCGGCACCAGAAGAUCCACACUGGAGAACGGCACUACGAGUGUGGGAAAUGUGGGAAGCACUUCAGAAACACCUCUGACCUGAUGAUCCACCAGAGAGUCCACACUGGGGAACGGCCCUAUGAGUGUGGGGAGUGUGGGAAAGGUUUCACUAUCAGCUCCCACCUGAUCGUCCACAAGAGGAUCCACACCGGUGAACGGCCCUAUAAAUGUGCAGAAUGUGGGAAAGGCUUCACGAAGAGCUCCCACCUGAAACGCCACCAGAUGCUCCACACUGGGAAAUGACCCUGUGUGUGUGGGCAGUGCAGGAAGAGCUUCCUUGACAGCUCUGGCCUGAUCAUGCAGCAGACAGUGCACACUGGGGAAUGCCCCUACACAUGCUCAGAAUGUGGGAAGAGCUUCAUCCAGCACUCCAAGCUGCUUGUCCACCGGCAGAUGCACAGCGGAGAGAGGCCCUAACAGUGUCCUGAGUGUGGGAAGAGCUUGUCCCAGAGCUGUGCCAUUACCCAAGAGCAAUGGAGGCAGGAGAAAGGGAAGCCCUACAAGUGCCCCGCGUGCGGGAAGAGCUUUGUGCGCUGCUCCAACUCCAUCCCCCGUUGGAGGAGCCCAUUGGAUGAUCCCCAGUGAGCCCCAUUGGGCAGAGCCUUGGGGAUCCACAGUCCUGGUGAUCCAUGUGUGCAAGUGUUGGGGAUUACAUUUGUUUCUUUUUCACUUACAGAAUUUUUUUCCCAUAAGUUGCUAGAAGUCUAGCAACUGUGUGCUUGAUUUAAAGAAAGAAGUGUCUAAAGGAGAUGGCAGCACCGGGCUACACCUGUUGUUUUUGGGUCUCUGGGAGUUUCCCUCAGAGGGAGGAGAUAAGUGGAGUUUUGGGGGAUGUAAAGGACAGAGCUGGGGGCAGCUGCUCGCUCUUGCUCUGGGCAUGGGAGAGAGGAUGGUCGGGCUGGUGCGUUCUGCGGGAAGAGCUCACAGUCACCACUGCAUCUUGCCCUGGGAAAUUGCCAUCAUCUGCUCAUGUGCUCGUGUGCCCAGGGAUUCUGAGCUCGCCUCCCCCUGCCCUGCUGGGCCCGCCGUCUCGCCAUCACAGCCUAUUCGGGGCUGCUUUGAGGCUUUCUGCUACUCUGUAGCCCUGCCCUGCCCUGCCGGGACGUCCCUGCCGCUCCAGCUACCAGCGCAGAACUUCUGAGCUCAUCCACCAGCCCGGGGCUUUCCACCCUUCCAGCCUGGUCUCUCGGAGUCCUGCUGGGCCACCGGGAUCAAACUGCCCCGGGCUUUGUGAAAGAAAGCCCUCGAGGUUCCUGGUUCUGUUUAUUAUUAAUGCUGUAGUUGUUGUUUAUUUGCUUUGUCAUACCUACAGUUGGCCGGGGAAUCAGCCAGAGUCAAAACAGCACUCAAUAUGAGUUAAAAAUCUUGCUCGUUUAUUCAGCUAUUUGGCUUACAUUUAUACUGUGCUAAGCAUAUCAUGCACCUAACUCUGAACAUCAUUGGUUAAACCAUAGUGUUCACGUGUCCUUGCAGUAGACAUAAUUGGUUCAGAAGCUCUGUCCACGAGGCUAAAUGCUGCAAAUCUUCCCUAACUUAUGGUCAAUGCAUCCUGUCUAGCAUCCUGUUACAGCUACUGUUCCAAGCUUUACUUCCUCCUUAUCCCAUCUAAGGAAUGGUUCAAGGACGUUUCAUCUUCUACUCAUCCCUUAAGCUAAGAGCAGGAUUGUGCACAUGUCCCUGCUUUUCCAGCCAUGCAUCCACAACAUACCAGUGAAGAACUGUUCUUCCUGGCCCCAUCCUUCUGCCUGAAAGCCCCCCUUCAUUUUCUACAUCAUCAUCGUUUGGAGGGAGAGGAUUUGAAUUCUCCACCCCUAGGGAGGUCCUGCCCCUCCCUAGCAGAUUCCUGUCUGUCAAACCAAGACAGGAAGAGAGCUGGCUGGUGGUCUGCACAUCUUCCUGGCCCCCUGUGGGCACCUGGAUGCAACAGGACCCCAAGGGAAUGUGGCCAUGGAUGGUGACAUGGACAUGGCUGGAGACAUGGGGGUGACAUGGACACGGUUGGGGACAUGGAGAGCCAAGAUUGGAGGCAUGGUGGGGAUACGGGCAUGG